UCGGACACGGAAAACGCAUCGUGGGGGCAAGUGAUAGAGUCGACUACAAUGAUAAAAGGAAUCCUUCCUUCAUGAUCAGGCCAUCGUCGUCGUCACCAGGCGUCCUAUGUUGAUUGUUCGGUCGAGUUACGGAUUCAAGUAGUAAGAGCAACCUUUUUCUUUAGAACUCAAGCAUGCAACUAUCAAGUUGGUAUUCAAACCAAAGAGUGCUUCUACCUCAUCCGAGUUUAGUUUGAAAACACACCGAAAUGCAUAGUCGGACGUGAAUCUGAAUUCCAAAAUGCCCUUCCCUGAUGGUGGAAGAGAAUGCCUUGACGGAACACCGUGACCCUUCACAACGAAACGAUGGCUUGUGGCCAAUUGUUCAUUGUGUCGCAAUAAUCAUUCUUCAUGGCGUCGAAAUGGUUCAAAGCAAACAAAGGAACCGCUUUAUAUUGAGUUUCAUGCAAAUUAACAGAUAUUCAAAUUACGCAAACUAUUUGUCUAGUAUUGGCAUCCAAGAGCGUUUAAUUACAGCUAUGACCUAGUUGAAAGUGAUGUAGAAUAGUUGUCUUUGUGUAUGCUAAAUUUCCGCCUGAAUUCAAAUCAUUUGUGUAACCUCAGGGGGACAAGAACUUACGGCGCAAAAUAGGCCUGAAGGGCUGUGUCUCUCAGAUGCAAAUGAUAUGUCCAGGUAAACCGGAAAUAUGAGGAUUUAUUUUCAUUCUUUUCUGAUGCAGUAGCACUUUUGUUCCCGUGGCACGCAAAAGCACAUUAUAGUUCACAGUUAAAAGGACGUUUACGGGUGUAAAGAACUCAACGAGGAGGCCGAACGUUUGAACUUUCAAAGGACACGUUUUCGAAAGGUAGAUCAAGCUUGUUUGAAUUGCACUCGGGUUCCCACUUUCGGGCUCUUGGUCGAGGAUAUUCUAGCAAAAUCGACAUAGACGGACAAUACUGAGAUAUGGAUUUCAGGAAGGACAAACAUGCCGAUAGCCCAUGCGGCCAUUCAGCGAUUAGCGCAAUUGGAUUGAACAGGAUUGUAUAUAUCGGAUAAAUUUGCCAUCCGUGUUUACCUGUCCAAGUCUAGUGCGGAUACGACCGAUAAUAAAACUCAGAAUGCGAUUAAAGGUACUCUUAAGCAAAGUCAAGCUGGGCAUCCUAGUUUGGGUGAUCAACCUCCAUUCCAGUGAACAGCUAUCUACAUCACAGAGGAGUGACAUAGAACACUUUAUUAGUGACCUCAUGACGUGUAAGAAUAAUCCAGGUAUGAGUGUAAGUGUUAUUCACGGUGAUGACAGUUUGGUUGAUGGUUAUGGAGUGACGAACUUGCGGACUAAUAGAAAAGUUGAUAACCGGACGAUUUUUUGCAUUGGGAGCAUCACAAAGGGAUUUACUGCGGCCGUUCUAGGGAUGGUGCUCCAAAAAAGUAAUAGGUGGUCGUGGGACACCUCCAUCAGUGAGAUACUCGGGCAUGAGUUCAAGCUGAGUGACGAUUUCAGGACGAGAUACCUCACUAUCAAGGACAUUCUGGCUCACAGGUCCGGUGUCCCGGGCUACUUCGGAGGCUUGUUGACGGGUUACACUAUUGACCGGAAGACACUAGUUUCGCGCCUACGGUACAUGUCUCCCACGCAUCACGUGCAUUCGAAGUUCAUCUACAACAACCACAUGUAUAUGCUGGCAGGAUACGUUGCAGAGAAGAUAGCGGGCAAGACAUGGGAGGAAUUAGUUCAAGAAGAAAUAUUCAACAAAUUGGGUAUGACGUCGUCAACAUUUGUAAAGGAUUUGGGAAGUCGGGCAGAUAUUGCCAAAUCGCACGUGUCAAUCAACGGGAAACUGGUGGAGAUUGACCAAAAGAUAAACAGCAUGGUAUAUCCAGCAGGACCUGCCGGUUCGAUCUGCACAAAUUCUGAGGACAUGACAAAAUGGCUUCGGUUUCAACUGAAUAAGUCGUUGUUGCCAUCCGGCGAGCGAUUGAUGAACCAGACCAUGUUUGACGCCAUGCACACUCCGCAGAUGCCAACACCGCUGACACUUGGCAAGAAGAUUCUGAAGCAACCAGUGUUUCCGAUAGCGGAGGGAAGAUUUGCGUAUGACCUUGGAUGGGGGUCAGGCACAUACAGAGACUACCAUAUUCUUCUUCACUCUGGGGAACUCUCCGGCUACAUGUCUUCAAUCUGGCUCAUACCUGAUGAAAACAUUGGCAUCUUCACCUCGACCAAUGGACCCGUCCGCCUGGAUACGUGGGACGGGUUGAGAGUGAUACACCAUUACAUUGCUGACGUCCUACUCGGUCUAGAACCCUGGUUGAACAGCACAUCUGCUUGCAAGUUCCCGGAUCCCUGGCUGUCGGAGUUUCGCCGGAAGUCAGGAGCAGACGGCACCGACGACGCGAGAAAGAAGCGUGACGUCACAUACCUACCCCAUGCACGCCCUAUGGAGGAUUACGUCGGAACUUACGGCCAUCUUGCUUUUGGGAAUAUCUCUAUUCGACUGAAUGAACAAGAUGGGAAACUACAUUUGUACCAUGGACGAUUUGGGAACGCUACGAUGAAGAAAACGUCAAACUUUGGUGAGUUUGAUAUGAAGUUUGUCGGCGAUUUGAUGUUUGUGUCGGUCGCAGACGGCUGGAAGCACACUUUCAAGAUCAGAUUUAGUUCGACUGAUGGCAAAAAGGUCGACAGACUAUAUGCAGGAUUUAUAGAAGGUUCUUCACCGCCGGAAUUCCAGAGGGACCUUCAUUGGUUGAACAGCGACCAACCUCUUCAAAGUAAUUUGAAUACUCUGUAUGGUCCCUGCCAAUGUUGUCGGAAUUCAGGAUCGAACGCACAACGAGAAUAUUUCUUCUCUAUUUCUAUAUAUCUUCUUAUAUCAUUUGCUGUAAUUAUAUUGUAUUGUCAGUGAUAGUGUAUAGUCAUUAUACAACUUUACCUCUUGACUUGUGGUUCACUUUAUCUAGCCUCGGCUCGAUAGGAGAAGUUUAAGUAUGCCAAUUGAGGAGACAUGCAAAGUCUAAUAACGACAAUUGACAUUGAAGAUGCUAAUGCAAGAAGGUGUAUGGACCCUUAUAGUCACCAUAUGAGCUAGCUUUAAAAUACACUAGCUGCGGUAAGGUUUGAAAGCACAAAAAUUGUUCUCUGUUUGAUAUUAUCAUCAUGACACGUUUGUAUAUUUCUAUUUCCUCAUCAGGAACUUGUAUUAUAAUUGUAGAAUUGACAGCUAACUUGGGUAAAAGCGCGUAUCGCAAAAGUGUCUUAAAGUAUUGAGUUGUGAACUGAUAACCCCGAUAAGAUUCUAAUAACAUUUUUAGUUAAGGUCCUAUUCAAUUUCUUGCAAAUCCACAUGUACAAUUUCGAUUAGAUUCUUGUAAGAUUCCUAGUGAAGAUCUACAGAUUCUCACCUGCAAAAAAACUUGACGGGAAGAUUGUUCAUAAACAUGUACAUUGUAUAUAGAACACAAUAAGAUCUUAACUAAGAAUCUAAUCGGGAAUUUCAACAUAAUGUAAGCAACGAUGACCAUCUAACUAGUAAACGGACAUUUUCUUCAUUGAGCGGGAAUAUUCCUUCUGGUUACCAGUCAAAACGCCCCUAUGGCAAGACGUCCAGGGCUGGGUUAUGCCUUAACGGAGUCGUUUAGUGAACAUUUCAAUGAGAUUAACUAUCCAAGGAGAUAACGUCCUUCAGGAUACUAAACGUAACCGUUAGGGAUAACGUGACUUUUCUGCUUUUGAACAACCGGGCCAUGGGGUUAUGAAGCGAGGAGGUUUUGACUCGUGCUGACCCGAGGAUGUUUUGAGAUGAGGAAGUUUUGAGUGGAUAUCGUCCUCUACCAAAUAAAAUUACGAGUACUAGGUAUGCGAGAAGUUCGUAACACGGGUCGUUUUGUUGUAUAUGCUUCUGGUUCUAUGUUUCCUGCAUGAAAUUGUAAAUAGGGAGUUUUCCCAAAGCCCCCGAACCGUCAUCGCAAACGCCUAUAUCCCAUUGCUUGACAUCGGUUUCAGGAGGUCGAACAAUGAAAUAGGCAUUCACGUUGGCGUUUCGGGGGCUUUGCGAAAAUUCCCUAAUAACGCACUCUCCGCAACGUAUACCUCUCAGAAGUGGGACUAAGUAUUAGUAUGGCUAACCGGGAAUCGGAAAUAAGUAGCGUUAAGCGAGCAGCGAACUCCUCUCUUUCAUGACUACGUGUGUGAGUGAAUGGUGUGAUAGUGAAUGAUGUAAUUGAGAUAUCGAAGAUGGCGUGUGUGUUUGGUGGAGACCGUGCGAGGAUUGGUGAGGUUAUGAUGGUGUGGAGGAGGUUACAGAGACUGUGAUAUUGGGCGGUGUGAAUUAACCUGGUGAAUGAAUCGUUCAACUUCGUAUAGAAAUGCCUUCUCUAAAAGUUUUGCACAGAAAGGCCUACUGCAAUUGUACAUGAAGUUUUAAGUAGCACUUACUGGGUUUAAGUCAUAUCACGCAAUGGUUGAGAGAAACGAGAUCGAAUAUGCAUGUUUUAUCACCUGUUUCGCGUUCAAAAUUAGAACGUCUUAAAUGGAUACUAAAGGAAGGAGCCAGGUUGGUCAGACUGAGGCACACGAGGUCGCCGACGGGGAUGAUUCUCACUGUACCUCGAAUCUAUUCAUGGUGUAUGAAGUAUGUAGCUAAUCACUGAAUCAAUUAUGACCCAGGCCCUUAAUUGUGCAUACUAGUCACUCGAUGGCUACCUAUUUGACCCCUUUAGCUCCUGCGUUUAAUAUGAGAUUGAAAGGCAAUUACUAUAGCCUGGACGUACGUGUUUCUUGUUUGUGGUAAAAUUGCUUAUAUUUACUCUUUAUCGAUGAUCAGCGUGUAUAAAUUAAUUGUAAGUUUCAAGUAAAUGUUGUCAAGCCUGAAUAAGACGAUUUUCGUAGAAUCCGAUUCUUCCGAUGACACACGAUUUCCUCAUACAACGACAAUAGGCAGGUUUCGCAAACGAACAGCUACGAAUGAAGAAGGACGAACAACGACGUAAGAAAUGUGUACAAUGUAAACGUAUUUUAUCCACGGCGUUUUUACAAGACUUCCCCGACAACACAGUCCUUCGUCGUCGAUCGUAAGGAUUACGAAACCGGUCGAGUAUUGGAGAAUACUGAGGAAAUUGGUGCAUGUCCGUGUAAAUUGUAACAAAAUAAUGUGUAUACCAUGUCGUCCAGUAUGUUUUGUUGCCCAAAGGUGAAUAAAAAGUGCUGCAGU